AUGAUGUCCUAUAUGAAGCAACCCCACUAUGCAGUUAACGGACUGACACUCACUGCCCCUGGUAUGGAUCUCUUACACUCCGCAGUUGGCUAUCAAAGGCCAGGACCUCCCAUGAGCUGCCCCGCAGCCACUCCGAGGAAACAGCGCAGGGAGAGAACCACCUUCACGAGAGCACAGCUCGAUAUUUUAGAAGCUCUGUUUGCCAAGACCCGCUACCCUGACAUCUUCAUGCGGGAAGAGGUAGCUCUGAAGAUCAAUCUGCCCGAAUCCAGGGUUCAGGUUUGGUUUAAGAACCGUCGGGCGAAAUGCCGGCAGCAACAGCAGCAGAGCAGCGGCCAGGCGAAAACACGGCCGGCUAAAAAGAAGACCUCUCCCAGCCGGGAUGCCAGCUCUGAGACCAACGCCAACGGCCACUACAGUCCGAACCCGCCAGGGACGGUGGGCACUGCCAGCUCUAUCUCCAACGCCAGCGUCUCCAUCUGGAGCCCGGCCUCGAUUUCUCCCAUCCCGGAUCCGCUCUCUUCCUCCUCCACCACCUCCUGCAUGCAGCGCUCCGCUGCCUACCCCAUGACCUACAGCCAGGCCCAGGGAUACAACCAGAGCUACGCUGGCUCCUCGCCGUACUUCAGUGGCUUGGACUGCGGACCCUACCUGUCCCCCAUGCACCCCCAGCUGUCCGCCCCGGGGUCUGCCCUCAGUCCCCUGGGCACCCCGGCCAUGGGAGGACCCCUGAGCCAAUCCCCGGCCUCCCUCUCAGCUCAGGGCUACGGCACGGCCAGCCUGGGCUUCAACACCGUCGAGUGCCUGGAUUACAAGGACCAGACCUCCUCCUGGAAGCUGAACUUCGGCGCCAGUGACUGCUUGGAUUACAAGGACCAGACCUCCUGGAAGUUCCAGGUCUUGUAG